GUGUAGUUUGGGAAAGCACACACUGCUGUUACUUCUCCCCACAUGUGAUGGUAACAGAAAGACAUUUUUAAGAGGCAACAAAUACCAAAAACUACCCAGUGUGCCUUUAACCGAAGUGCUAAAGUGACACAAACAGCAAUAAAAAGGGGAACGGAAACAAGCAACAAAGCAUGCCAAAGCUAGAGAGAGAGAGAGAGAAAGAGAGAGAGAGAGACACGGAGAGGGAGAGAGACAGAGAGACAGAGAGAGAGAGGGAGAGAGAGCACAAACCCUGAAAAGGGAUUUCCACUUCUUCACUUCUUUGACAGGGAUAGCAUUUCACCCAAAUACCGGCAGGGAAACCACAUUGUAACCACAGCUCAGUUCAACUUUCCUGUACGUCAGAGGUUGAGAGCACAUACUGAUGAAAGUUUUCUGAAUUAGUAUACAGUUAAAGAAACAACUGAUCAGUCAUUCAGAAUGUAUGUGAAGACCGUCAUGUAAGGCAAGAGAUCUCCACAGAAUGACACUGGACGGGGGGCGUUUUUACUAUGAUGUUCUGGCAUCAAAAGAAAUGAAACAAGCGUUUUGAAGUCGAUCCUAAGGAGCUUCACCACCAGAAUGAGAAUAAGGAGGAAGCAGUGAGUCACAGACCAAUCCGAAGAACAAUCCAUCAAAUCCCCACAUCUCCGAGUCAUUGAUAACCAACCAUCUAGGUGGUUUGCGAUCUCCCUGAAAAAGAAGAGGGAUUAUGCCAUAAAUGGAGAGAAAAGAGAAAACCCCUCUUUCUCUUCUGUUUGUUCUUCUUGCUCUGCCUCAUGUCACUCUUUUUUGUCCCAGCCCCCCAGUUGAAAAUGAUAAAAAUCUCACCUGCUACAACGACUACAAUCGUAACAUCAGUUGUGUGUGGGACAGCUCAUAUGUGUUUGACCAUGAAGACACUGUGUGCACAAUAUAUGUCGAAAGGAAGGGGAAAUACAAUGGUUCCUGUAAACUGGAGCCUGUUGACGUCUCCAGACCAACGCUACAGAAGUGCUCUGUGAUCUUCAAAUCAGAGUGGAAGUUUCAAACAAUUCACAACUUGAGCGUUACUCUGGACUGUAAGCCUGGGAAGCAACGUUUCACCAUUUACUACAUGCCUUCUUGUCAUAUAAAGCUGAAUCCUGGGCCAAAACCAACUAUCAACUUUACCACUAUUUCCUGGAUCCCUCAAGUUUCCGAGCAUGGGGUACUACGGUCAUCACUUUACAAGUCCCAACUGCAGUGGAAACAAGAGGAUCAGUCAUGGACCGAUCCCUCUGUGCAAAAAAAACAAACCCAUGAAACGCAAUGUCAGUGGGAUUGCAAAGCGGAGCUGGAUCCAGAUCAGCUGAUACAAGAUGAGCGGUACGAGGCACGCAUUCGAGUGAAGAUAGUCGGGAAUGAUAAAUACGGGUCAACCUGGAGUGAUUGGAGCCCCACUGCAUCAUGGGUAUCGCCAAUUGGAAAAGCAAAACCACCAUCAGACUUUGCCGGGGGUCCUUUUGGGAUCGUUGCCUGCAUGCUGGUGGUGGGCUUGUGUUUUUUUAUUUGCUUACUCAUCAGGACUGACAAAACCACCUGGAUUUACAUAGGAAAGAGAAUCAGAGGUCCACCCAUACCAGAUCCAAGAUACUCCUUCCUGCAGGAUGUAAAUAAUUGGUUGGGUCCUCACUUCACCAGUGAAUCAUUUUCUUCCUUCUUGAAACCGGUGGAAAUCAUCUCUGUAGAAGUAACCUCCACUGUGGAUGCUAUUUCACCCAGCAGGCCGGAUGCAGCACUGCUAGAGAAGAUGAGAAGUGAAAGCAGCAAUGAGUCGACCAGUUCCAGCUUUUCAAACCCCAGUUACUCGCAUAUAUCUCCUCCUCCUCCUGUCUCCUCGCUCACAGCGGGGAAUCUGGCGCCAUGUGGCAUUGAUUCACCUUAUGGACCAGUUGUUAAUCAAGGUGAAGGUGAAAAUGCAGAACAGGGCAAGGAUGAAUUAAGAGGGAAAGAAGUGGAAAUCACGCAGUUGCUCCGCAAAGGCAGCAACAUCAGUGAGCCUAUGCCAGUAAUUUCAGACUAUGAGAAGGUUGAGAAGCCCCAGGUUGAGCGCUCCAGGCUCCAGAGUCUAGAUUCAGGCAUGUGCAGUGGCGAAGAGAUCAGCCAAGAGAGCCUGGAAGUAGAUAGCAUCAGUGUAACCGAUUCCCAUGAUGAGGGUCCUGAAGACAAAGAGGAGAGGGAGGAAGGGAAUACAAAAGAUUUUCAAAAGCUGUUUGGAGGCAGCAGAGGUAUUUUUGACAAAGGGUCUAUUCAGGUUUGUUCUGGUUACGAGCAAGUCCAGAAGCUGCCGGCUGACAGCCCCGAGCUCCCCAGCCUAGAUUCAUGCAUUAGCAGUGGGGGCAAUGAGCAGGAGAGUCAGGAGGAGAGUCUUGAGGAAGUUGAUAAGUCCACCGAAACCACUAGGUUCCUGUUUCCUCCUCCUUCCAGCCCAUUAGCAUGCUCCCUGCCCUCUUUCUCUCCUUUGCCUUUGAACUUCUCUGGCGCAGGUUUGAGUCUGCAACCUCUGCCAAGUCAUACACUGGAAAGGAUUGCUCUAAUGUCAGCUAGCAGGUGCAUGGAGCCCUCUGGUGAUGGAUAUAUGCCGGUAAGACAGGAACAGAGCUAAAAACAGACCUAAAUCUCUUCAGUUGGUCCUACAGAAAAUGUUGAACAAUAUAGAAUCUAGUAGGAGGACUGAUCCGGUUAAGUCAGUUGUUUAUUCUCAUUAGUAUGCAACUUUUAAUGAAUGAAUGAAUUUAUUUUUUUUCUACACUGGAUUUUAUAUGUAUUCACAUAUCCACAAUUAUUUAUUCCUAAUAUUUACACAUGUACGCAUUCUCUUUAAAUGAUGUAGAAAUAAAUACAAACAAAACCAAUGACAACAUUAUAAAGUAAAAGCAAAAAGCACGAGAUUUAUAUCUAGAAUUUAUAUUUUUAUGUCUUUUGUUUUUACCAUGUAUUAUUAUUGUGUUUGGUUGUUUUUUUUUAAUACUUUAAACAUUCAAAGAAAUGUAGGAAAAAAAAAAUAUUGUCUUACUUACAUAACAGUAUGAUGUAUAGGCAAUGUCUACUUGGGUUCAGCUUAAAGGGUGAAAUAAGAGGUUUAAAUCUGGUGUCAAAAGCAAUGCUUAACUAUGAAGUGGACUUCAUCUUUUCUCAGAUUUGACCAUUUGGUGUUAUUUUAGACCACUUAGAGUAAACUGGCUUAAUUGUAUUUGUCCUUAAAGGCUAAUAACAGCAUUUUCUACCUCAUUAAGCAUUUGCAAAGCAUUUCUUUUUAAAUGUUUUGAAGCCCACCCUGCUAUUUUGGCGUCACUGGUAAAUCCAAUUUUAAUGUCCUCUGAAACAGGGACAGAUAUUUUAAGGGACUGCUGCUUUAACCUAACCCUGCUGUCUAUAUGUAUAUAAGGCAAUGUUCUGAUUGUGUUUACCACAACUUCAAAAUACUCACCUACCAGGGCUCUCACACACCAGCUACAAUCCCAGGUUUGGAUGGUAAUUUGUCACAUGACGGAGUUUGUCACACUUUCUUUACUUUUUUUUCACGGCUCUGCAAGCCCUAUCUAGGCUGCGUUUCAUUAGUAGUUUCACUUCCCCCCAUUCACUUACCCUCAGCCCUUGGUAUGACGUAACAGCAUACCUCGCACAGAGGCCCCUUGGAGCUCGGAGGGAAAGUGGGCAGGGGAGGAGCAGGGGAUUUAAAUGAAACGCACUUGCCCUUACUCAGUGUUAUAGCGGCAAUGACGUAAACUGCAAUGCAUUGUAGGUGAUAUCCACCUCGGAGUGACCAUCAGUCAGUUUUCCAGACAAUUGGAACGACACUUAUGAUGGCGGUGGGGAUUCCCCCGAGGGCAAGUGCCAGGGCAUGUUGAACGACUAAUGAAACGCAGCCUAUGUGUCCUGCAGACGCAUAUGGCAGCUUAUUGAAAAACUACUGACUAUGAAGAUGAAGAAGUUGCUCACCAACGUAAAAUCUGUGUUACUUGAACUUAUCUAAUAAAAAAAAAUAUAUGUUUAAAGAUUUUAGUGGAUGAACAACCAAAACGUGCACCACUAUUACCACUCUUGCCAUGUAACUUGUUUUGUUGUUUUUUCUGUAUGCAAUGAAUAAAUGCUUUUUUCUAAGAAAAAAAA